UACAGCUUAUUUUGUUCUUCACUUUUGCAAGAGAGCCAUCUAGUGGUUGACGUGCCAAAACGCGCGCGUGUGAAUUGUGAGUGCUAGUGUUUCAGAGAAAAAUUCCUAAAAAUGCCUGGUCGUCCUAUUUGGCAGUGUGCCGGCAAGCGUGAGCCAGAAAAGGAGCAAGAAGCCCAAAGAUGGAUAGAAGCGGUUAUCGGCGAAAGGUUUCCUUCAGACCUUCCCUACGAGCUGGCGCUCCGUGACGGCAUCAUCCUCUGCAAGCUGAUGAACAGACUCCAACCUGGCAUCAUCUCUAAAGUCAACGUGUCGGGUGGUGACUACAAAUUCAUGGAUAACAUUAGCCAGUUCCAAAAAGCUUGUGUGAAAUAUGGAGUGCCUGAUGUAGACCUCUUCCAAACGACUGAUCUCUGGGACCAGAAGAACAUCGCUCUUGUCACACAAACCAUUUACGCUGUUGGCAGAACAGCACACAAACACCCUGAAUGGCGCGGCCCCUUCCUCGGACCCAAACCAGCUGAAGAAAACCGUCGUGAUUUCAGCGAAGACGUUUUGCGUGCUGGUCAAUCUGUUAUUGGAUUACAAGCCGGUACCAAUAAGCUGGCGUCACAAUCCGGACAAAACUUUGGCGCUUCCCGCAAAAUCAUCCUUGGCAAGUGAAGUACUAGGAUCGCAGAACGUUCAAGAGAUUAGACUAAGCUUAUGAUACGCUAUAGUUAUAAUAUAAUGUUAUAUGUAUGGUUAGUCUG